UUCCAACCUCCGCAGUCUCCUUACCCAAGCCGCAGGAUGCAUUAAGUAUAGGAGUCAGUAUUUACUUACGAGUCUUUGCAGGGCCAUUUGUUGGCAUGCAACCACACGAAUGAAGCUUCCAGUGGUCCUGCCCAGCCAUGUACUGGCCCAUUGGAGCUCCUCGAAUUUAUGCUGCCAGCAACAGCAGGUCCUCGAGGGACCACGUACUCGAGUCCGACGAUGAUGCUGAAUCGCGGGAGACAAUCGAUGGUAGUGAUUCUCUGGUAGACGCUCCGAGCAUCGGGACGGCGGGAAGAGCAGAGGAUGAACAUGACGUCGCAUCAGGUUCAUGCACACUCCUGACUCCAAUGAUCCCCAUGAACCCAGGAAUCAAGCCCGUCGAACAUGAAAGUCGAUUCAUCACCGGAUCGACUGGAAACGAGACCAUACUUGCUGGGUCAGCAGAGAAGGAACCUCUCCUAGCACUCAGGACAUCCCGAACCGGGCAUCUUUUUGCAGUAAUAACAUCGACUUCGCUGACAAUUUGGCAAACAAAGCCAACUGCCAUAUUAGCAGCAGUAGUACGAUCCAAUAAAUCUCUUAGUACCUAUGGCCCCAAUAUCUCCCUCCUCGUACGACCGGACUCUGCCAUCUUCGUGGUUCAAACAACUUCUGGAUAUUUGAUCACAUACACAUUGGCUACUGAUCCAGAUGCACGGGUAUUUAGACCACAUUUUGCUAGUCAUACAAGCGGUCAAACUCGCAGGCAGAGCAAUUUUAGCGGGUCCAGGAAUCAAGGUGGGGAUCGAAUCCUUUGGGGGCCAGGUGAGGGAGGCGGGGUACGAGAAGUCAGUGUUCGGUUUCGGAUGGUAAUCAAAGUUGACGCUGGAAUUGGAAGAGCUUUGGCGCUAGAUGACGAGCUUGUUGUGGCAACUCAGAAGCCAGGAGCAGUUCAAUGCAUCAGGUGGACUCCCGACAGUGCUGGAAAUCAAACCAGUACUGAACUUUUCAGUCGGAUGGACUGGCUGCCCAAAAAGACCACUGUCACCGAAAUGAUACAUGAUAGGCCAAUGAACUUGUCAACCUGGAUUACGAACGAUGGAAAAGCAUACGCUGUUCAGAGGCUACCUCAUUCGAAUGAACUCGAAAUACGACAUAAGCUUUUCAGGGGCUACUGCUUUCACGCCCCUCAAGGUGCGAAUGAUCAUGCUACCAAAGCAACGGUUAAUGCUAGAUUCUCAUUAAUAGCUGUUGGUUGUUCGGAUGGGACGAUCCAAGUGUACACAGCUAGAGACUAUGCCGGCAACAUACCUCCAUCUCAUACGCACAAACCAUCUGUCUCAGGACAAUCUUCAGGGCAAUUAACAUGCCUGUGCUACUCUCCUGAUGGUUACUGUCUUUUUGCUGGGUACGAAAACGGAUGGGCUACUUGGAGUGUCUUUGGGAAACCUGGGGCUACCAGCUUCGGCGCAGACCCAAGAAUCUCCGAGGAGCAUGAAGAAUGUUGGCUGGAAGGCGUUAAGGAAGCCAGUUGGCUUGGGGGAGGAUCAGAGAUCCUCAUAAUUGGGCAGCAUGAUUACCGGAUAUGGACAUUAGAAAUGGCUCGCAGUGCCAUCACGGGUUGCUACUCAUCCGCAAACAUUUCACGAACACUACUCCAAACAACAUCAAGUAUAAUGGUAUAUCGAGGCUAUGAUUUGCCUGAUCUCACUACGAUAUCCGCCGAAGCUUCAUUAUGGCAUACCGCACAGAUUCCUUCAAGCUACCUCGUGGACCAAUGGCCUAUGCGGUGCUCCGUCAUCUCCGCUGAUGGCCGAUACGUUGCUGUCGCUGGUCGGCGGGGGCUGGCCCACUACAGCAUCAAUAGUGGUAGAUGGAAGACUUUCGUCAAUGAGAACAUGGAAAACGAAUUCCAGGUAAGAGGCGGGAUGUGUUGGCACCAGCAUAUAUUAGUCGCCGCCGUUGAAGCCGGUGAUUCGUUUGAGUUGCGCCUGUUCUCCCGCGAGUCUGCCCUUGACAGCUCUUUGGUUCUUCACAUUCAGGAAUUACCGGCUCCAGUGGUACUCAUUGCUCCAUCUGGCGAGGAUUCUCUUCUUGUCUACACCUACGACAACUUGCUUUACCAUUACGUCUUCGCGACGACCUCCAGUACGGUAAAUCUCGUCCAAGUUGGCCAGAUUGCCUUUCAUGGCAUAGUUAGGUCACCUGCCAGAGUGAGAGGACUGAGUUGGAUUUUGCCUGAUGACCAGUUGAUUGAGGGCGAUCCAUCCCAAGAUGUUGCCGUUGCAACCGUUGUAUUUCUUGUUGAUGGUAAGCUGGUCUUUCUUCAGCCGUCACUCAAUGAAGAGCGGAAGCUUAAAUAUGACAUGCGUGUCAUCGCACAAAACGUCGAAUACUAUGUUUUGAUGCGAGAUAUGGCUGCUUCGGCCCUAGCUCAAGCUCCGGAGGUGUCAGCCGCCGUUAACAGAGAUGAACUUGGUCCAGAGCAGGGAAAUGGCCUUCGAGACUCUCUCUGGACUUUUGAGGGCAAUGAUAUGAAGGUCUGGCCUGAGGUUUUGGACGUUCUUCGAUCAGCACCAUCGGAAUUGGGUCGUGAACUGCCUCCUAUGGUGUCUAUACCUAUCGAUUUCUACCCUUUGUCGGUCUUAUUAGCCAAAGGCAUUCUACUUGGUCUUGAACCGGACCUCGUUCAGCGCCGAGAUGUGAACUUCGCCUUCUUCCGGUUCACGAUACGGACCCACCUCUUUAUACCUCAAGUACUGAGAUUUCAUUUGUCUCGAUUCGAUUCCUCUGCAGCUUUACAUCUCGCCCAUCAGUACAAGAACUUGGAAUAUUUCCCUCACUCGCUGGAAAUCCUCCUACACGAUGUUCUCGAUGAAGAAGUUGACACCAAUCCAUCUCCAGAAACCGCUCUUCUACCCGGCGUCCUGUCCUUUCUGUCCUCUUUCCCCCGAUAUCUGGACAUCGUUGUUCAGUGUACCCGCAAGACGGAAGUUCGGUCAUGGCGCACGCUGUUCACAUACCUGCCGCCCCCUCAAGAACUUUUUGAAGAGUCUCUACAAAGAGGAACCUUAAAGACGGCAGGAGGUUAUCUGCUGAUUCUGCACACGUUUGAGGAGUUGAGUUCAAGCUCAGAACAAUUGGUACGACUGCUCUCCAGAGCAAAGGAUGAAGGAGACUGGGAACUGUGUAAAGAGUUGGCACGUUUCCUGACUGCUCUAGACGAAACCGGAGCAACGUUGAUGGAAGCGUUGGAGAUGGUUAAUCUAAGAAGCCCCCAGGACGAGCGUGAGGGCAGCAGUUUUCUUUUUGAAGGCUCAAGGUUGAAAGUCCCCAGAUCGGCAAGAGGGUCUUCUCAUGGUCUCGAGGGAGCUGCCAACAGUGACGAUGAUCGCUCUAGCAGUGGCAGUCGCAGUCCUCGGAACAGAAAGGCCGAUACUGCAGACUAUUUCACACCGCAUAAUGAUGUAAUUAGAGACUAGACGUUGGAUUUUGCGGCAUGGAACGGAGUUCGAUCGCCGGAUGCCAGUACCCAAAAGGCAUUGAAUAACACUGGCCUCAAUCAUGAUUUCAG